AUGGGUAGUCUGCUACCUGCGGAAGGUGAUCAACCGAAGUUCUCACAACUUUAUAUAUUUGACUCUGAAAAUGAAGAGGCUAAUAGAGAAAGAGCUGUCAGUUCUGGUACUAAAACUUCAAGACCUGCCAAAAAUGAACUGAAACGUGAUACAAUCAACAUACUAAAGAUAAUGUUAGAUGGUUGCAACCCACUUGUGAAAUCCUUCAGGAUGGUAAGAGAUUGUGUUAAAGACAAUGAAUGGCAAGAUGUAAGUCUAAAACUUAUUGCCAACAGAAAUAAAGAUGGUCGAAUUUACAACUUGCCGACAACUUCUGAAGUAGCUGGAUUAAUAAUUGGAGACAUAGAUUCAGUACUUGAUUCACGGGACAUUAUAUUGAGAAAGCAGUCUGGUGGUCUUCAAAGGAUAAGUGAAUUACAUCCUUCUUAUCUGGCUCUUCAAUAUCCACUCAUCUUUCCAUUUGGAGAAGAUGGUUAUCGGCUAGGAAUCAAGCACAGAGGUAUUGCACAAGAUUCAAACAAACCAAGAACAAAACUUACUAUGAGGGAAUUCUUUUGUUACACAAUACAAGACAGACCUGGGGAGUAUUCACUCUUACUUCAUGCACAAAAACUUUUUCAUCAGUUUGUGGUGGACAGUUACACAAUGGUAGAGGCUGAUCGACUGUCAUACGUUAAAGGUAACCAGAAAAAGCUCAGAACUGAUACUUUCCAGAAUUUGACGACAAAUGUCGAGAAUGGAACCACAGAUGCCUCAUCAACUGGUAAACGUAUAUUACUUCCUUCAUCUUUUACCGGUGGGAGCAGGUACAUGAUGCAAAAGUACUUGGAUGCGAUGGCUAUAUGCAAGUCAGUGGGCUAUCCAGAUUUGUUCAUUACUGUUACUUGUAAUCCCAAUUGGCCAGAGAUUUACCGUUGUUUGGUUGAUAAAAAUCUCACUCCUGAAGACCGGCCGGAUAUAAUUGCUAGAAUGUUCAAGAUAAAAUUGGAUGAAAUCAUAAACGAUUUUGUGAAGGAGAAAUUCUUUGGCGAAGUACAAGCAGUUAUUUACACGGUGGAAUUUCAAAAAAGGGGUCUUCCUCAUGCUCAUAUUUGUUUGUUCUUAGCUGUUGCAAACAAGUUUCCUCGUGCAACCGAUGUAGAUAAAUACAUUAGUGCUGAAAUACCAAACAAAAAAGAAGACCCAGAAUUGUAUGCACUUGUCAAACAAUUCAUGAUGCAUGGACCUUGCGGAGAUGAUAAUCCCAACUGUCCAUGUAUGGUUAGAGGAAAAUGUACAAAGAAUUUCCCAAAGAAAUGGAAGGAUGAAACUGCUGUGGAUUCAGAAGGGUAUCCUGUAUAUAGACGUCGAAAUACUGGGAAUACCCUUGAAAAAAAUGGGGUCCUUCUUGAUAAUGGCAUGGUUGUCCCUUAUAAUGCUACACUUCUGCGAAGAUACCAGUGCCACAUUAAUGUAGAAUGGUGCAACCAAUCAGGAUCAAUUAAGUAUUUGUUCAAGUAUAUAAACAAAGGUCCUGAUCGAGUUACAUCAACUGUGUAUCAAACCAAUACAGAUCAAACAACAACUGAUAAGAACAAACCCAAAGAUGAGGUUAACAAUUACUUGGAUUGCAGGUACGUUUCUGCUUUUGAAGCAUGUUGGCGAAUAUUCUCCUUUGAUAUUCAUUAUAGGCAUCCUCCAGUGGAAAUUUUGCCAUUUCACAAAGAAAAUGAACAAAGCAUAGUUUAUGAUGAUCAAGCACAGUUAUGUGAUGUGGUUUCGAAUCUAACAGUCAAACGUUCAAUGUUCCUGGAAUGGAUGAAAUUAAAUGCAGAGGAUAGCUUUGCCAGAACAUUGAAAUAUGUGCAAAUACCUCAGUUUUAUGUUUGGAUACGUAAGACUAGGAAAUGGCAACGAAGAACUGUGGAAGGACAUGGUUCUAUAGGGAGGAUAUCAUAUGUCCCUUCGUCCCUUGGUGAUGUAUAUUAUUUGAAAAUCUUGCUAAAUCAUGUUGUUGGCCCGAAAUCUUUUAAGGAACUACUUACAGUGAAUGGACGUAUAUGUAAAAGUUACAAAGAAGCAUGUUUCAAGAUGGGCCUUUUAGACGAUGAUAAAGAAUAUGUUGAUGCAAUUUUGGAAGCAUCUCAUUGGGCAACAGCAUCAUAUCUUAGAACUUUCUUUGUCCAAUUACUACUUUCAACCUCUGUAGCCCGGCCCGAUGAUUUAUGGAACAAAACAUGCAAAGUUCUAAGUGAAGAUAUUUUACACAUGCAAAGGAGAAUCUUAAACUGCCCAGGUAAUUACAUUAUCUCUUUACAUACGUGUUUCAAUAUAUGCAUUUCCAUUUAA